AACAAAUAGAAUAAAUUGAAAAAAAUAAGAGAAGUUUGGAAAAAAAAUAUAAAAAUUGAGAAAAUUAUUAAAGUGUUAAAUAUUAAUAAAAUAGAUACAAAUAUUUAGGUAAAUUAAUAAGAAAUAGCUAUGAGCGAUCCUUUAAAUGAUAUGUUAAUAGAAGAUUAAUAACAAUUUAACUUGAUAUGCUAUAACUCCUUAGUCCCUCUUUACUCACCAUAUUAUUUUCAUAACCACAAUAUGGUAGUUUACAACGAAGAUCAAUUAGAAAUAAUUAAGAAGAAAUUAGUUGAUCAUUAUUAAAUUCAUUAAAAUUGCAUGAUUGACGAAGAAUGCUAAAUUGAUUUCAGUAGCCUUGAAUUCUUAAAACCUAAAAAGCAAUUAGCUUUUCAGGAACUUCUAAAUUAGAGGGUUUUGAAUACCUCUCACUAAGAGUACAUCCAAUUAGAAGAUAACCACUCAUGUGGAAAUACAGAUACAUAAUAUUUUUAUAAUAAUAAGAUUUACUUACCUUUUAAAGAAGAUGAAUAUGAAAUGACUGAUUCUAUGAUUUCAUAAAAUCCCUAGAUCUUUUAGAUGUUAAACGAUGAAUUUAUAGCAGCUCAUUUAUAUUGGCAAAAUAUAUUUUAGUUUAUGGCAAAUGAUGUUGAUUUAACAGAAGAUUAACAUUUUGAACUAUAAAAAAAUUAUAAAAAUAAAAACUUUUACAAUUUGUGCUUACUCACUGGAGAUAUUGUGUUGAUUCCAAUCAGACUAAAUGGUUGCAAUCAUUUAGAAUGUUUUGACUUAAAUUCAAUAUACAGAUUUAUAGUAAAAUAAAAAACAGCGACUAUUUAAUGCCCUCUUUGUAGACACGAAGCUAAUUUUUUUGAAGAGAAAGACAGUUUUUAUUUAGAUAAAAAACUAUUAAAAGUAAUAAAUAAAAACACUAGUUACUCACCAGUUUGGAAAUUUAUUUCAGAUGAGUUUGGUAUGCAAGAUAUUUUAAGAUCUAAUACAAAAUUGGAUAUUUCAAAAUCAAAUAAGGUCUUUUGGAAAAGCAAAAAAGAUGAAAAUUAUAUUAUUCAAUUAAAGUAGCAUUAUCAAAAUUUUGUUGGCAGAUUAAUAUAAAAUUGCAGUUAAAAUAGCAUCUAUCCUAUUCCUGUUAGGUGUAUAAAAUGUUUUGAUUUGACUAAGUAUUGUGACCUAGCUUAGUAACUACUCACACCUGAUCAAUGCUUGUGCUGUAACUAAUAACUAUCAUGUAAUAAUGAUGGGUUUUUAGACGAACUUAGAAUCGAUUUCAUACUUUUAAAUGAAAUAACAAAAUAUGCUCAAUUAACGAUUUAGUCUUUUUUUGUUUUGGGUCAUAAUAAUGGAUAAGUUUUUUUAUAAGCCUCAUAUUAAGAUCUCACAGGAAAGAUACAAAAGGUGUCUGAUAACUCUUAUAUCUAAAAUGCAUUAGUAAUUAGAUUAGAUAUGUUUACAGGCUAAAGGAUAUAAGGACUUCCAAUCAGGUGGAAAGAUUGCAACCAUACAAACUGUAUAGAUUUAAAUAACUAUUGCAAUUAGGAACUUCCAAGGUAUUGUUUGAUGUGUAACAAGACAUAUGAACUAACUGAUUUAGUUUGGGAUGAAGUUAUUUUUAAUUCUUUAUAGUAUCUUCCAUAGAAUGAUAAUUUAUAUUACGAUUACAAUUCGAAGCAAUACGUACUCUCUGAUAUUUAAUUAAGUUAAUCAAGCGUAAAGGCUUAAGGGUUUCAAGCAAACUAAUUUGCUUAGAAUAAAAAUGUUGAACCAUCGUUAGACAAUUAAAAAUCACCUUCAAAUACUUAAAAUAAUAUUAAUAGUGGUGCUCGAUACAAUAAUUUUAUGGAAGGCCCUACAACAAUGCCAACUAAUUUCAAAUAAAUGAAUGUAACAUAAGGAUAUUAAGAUUAGAGCAACCAAGAAUAAAAUAUUUAUAAAAAUAGAACUGAUGGCUAUCAAAAUAUAGAUUAGUCAAAGUAAAACUUUACUCAAACACAAGGUUUAAAGCAAUAGUAAAAUUAAGUACCAGACGUAAGAGAUAAUAAUGUUUAAAAUAAACCUGGUUAGUAAUAGAAUGCUUUUAAAAAAACACUUUAGGAUGAUUGUUAUGCAAAUGCAUUUAAAAAUGGAGUUUAAAAGUAUCACUAAAUGUUUAAUCUAAAACCAAAUACUUGCCAAACUUAUUAAUUUUAAAAUAAUUCUCCUGCUGAUUAAGCUGAUCCAUCUAUAAUUGGUUAGAAUAACCUAAAUACAUUUAGUCAAUCUAGCCAAAAUAUGUUUUAAUAGUAGGGUUAAGGAUUUUAGAAUCAGUAAUAAUAGCUUAAUUUAAAUAAUAAUUAGUUUUAAUAAUAAUUUACCAAUAAUUAAUAACCAGUUGUAAUGCAAGAUACAUUUGAUAUAAAUUAGUCAGCAAAUCCUCUGUAAUAAGUAUACUAGUAACAAUACUAAAAUCAUCCUUAAGGGUAACCAAUUACCUUUUAAAACGUUUCUUUUCAAUAAAACCAAACUCACAUACCUCAACCACAAAUCAUUCCUGGUUAACUUAUAAACUAAAGCGUUUAAUAAAAUGAAUAAAGAAGUGCUUAAUUUUAACAAAACUAAUAUUCCUUUUAAGCUAACUUCCCUGAUGCUAACAAUAUAAAUUUAAAUAACUAUAAUUAAUUUAAUACAGCAUAAUUUAAUCCAAAUUAAAUGAGCUAUCCUAAUCAGAUCCAAAAUUAGAUGCCUUAAGCUUUUUAAAAUUAAAUUGUUAACCCUUUUAUUCCUAGUUAUUAUGAUAUAAAUUAACAAUUUGUACCUUUUGCUAGAAGCAAUAGAUAAGUAUAGUAAAGAGACAACUAUAUAGCCAAUAACGUCAUCAAUAAUCCUUCUUAUUAUCAAUAACCUGAUAAUAUCAGAGUAUCUAUUCAGCCAUAAUAAGUACAACAAAAUUAGCAACAGCCACAAUAAAGCUAACCAAUCCAAGUUAGAGAAAUAAAUAAAAAUGGUAAAACAAUAAUCUUUAAAUAAGUUACUAAAAAGUGA